CUGUCUUCGUCUCUCCCAAACGGCUGGUCUGCAGUCUUCUUCCAUCGGGUGUGACGGCGACCAAGGCAAAUUGACGUGCUCCGGUCUUCUCCACCAACCAUCGACGGCGACCCUAGCAACGGUCAGGCGACGACGCCGAUUUUGACGGACGAUGAUAGGACGAGAAAGCGCAGCCACCCUCUCCUCUCCGGCUACUAGGAGCAUGGUGCGGCUCCUCUCCAACUGGAAAUCGACGGCGGCACAUCCUCCUAACAACGUCGGAAACUGGCAGCGGCGUCUGGGAGCAGCCGGCAGGUCCUAGCAACAGCGGUGAUGUCAGACGCCAGCGAAGCCCGGGCGGCGAGUUUACCUGGUGCACGACAAAGGUGCUCCGGCGAACGACUUCCAGCGACUGGAUACAUUGGGGUACUGAUCGAUUGGGUUCGGGCAGGUCUGGGCAGCGGCGGUUAUGCCCGGAUGGCGUUGGGUGUUCCGAGGAGGCAUCGGGCAUCGGUGACAGCCUUGGACAGCGGAGACGUUUUCCUGGCGAUAGUCUUCCGGUGACGUUCAUAGGAAUACUACAAAAGAACCGAGGUCCUCUUCUUAGUUAAUUUGUUGAUGAACUUGCAAUCCAGCUGCUCAAGUGCUAUAAGGAAAAAGAGUUAGUUGAUAUUAGGAAAGAGGAUCUGCAUCUUGCAUCAAGAAGAUAAGAACGAAGACUCGGAGAAGGGGAUGAAACAAGAUUUUGGUCCAACCUGUGAUUGGAUAAAUAAGCGGUUAGGCAAAAAAGUUUCCGGGGCUGACGAAGGCCCAAAGUGCUGGCAAUACCUCUAGCUUGGCAUUUAUGAAAAGCAGGAGGAUCUUUGGGAUAAAUCCUAACCACCCUAUCAUCAGAACAUUGGACGUGAGUUAGUUUGGUUGAUUUAUUAAGAUAGUUUUUGCCAAUCCACUUUCCCAACUUUUUGUUUUUUGGUAAAUGUCUCUACUUUACAUGGUACACGAGGCGUCCAAAAACAGGCCCAAGGACGAAGAAGCUGUGCGAGCAAUUGAUCUUUUGUACGACACGGCUUUGGUUUGCCGUGGUUACAUUGUAUCCAUUCUUGAAGUUUCCGUCUGCUUUCCACUUAGGAUCUGUGCUUAACUCCAUAAGAAGAUGCACCAAACCCCACUCCUCAUCUCUUGACCAAAAUCAUUUAUUCUUACCUCUUCCACGCAUGACUUUGUCAUUUAAGCAUUUAAGUUUUCAAUAUUUUCACUCGUUGGCAGGUUGCUUUGGAGGAUGCUGCUGAUUUGUGUGCUUUUGCACUGUCGGAAGUCAUCACUGCGUAUGUGGAUAUACAGAGACACCGGAAUUGGAUAUCAAGGAUGCAAGAGCUGACAAUAACCUAAUUGUGCAUUUCGGUGUUGGAUUCUGAAAGGAUUGAAGUCUCAUCUAAGAGCCCAAAAUCAGACCAACAAUAUGUUUGCGAAGGUGGGGGGGGGGGGCUUAUUCUAGCACCUAUUGCAUUCAAGAGGAGACUGAUCCAAGGCAUAGCCUCGAGAAAUAACAAAAAUGACUUUGAUAUGUUUUGGGAAAACUUUGGCAAUUACCUUAAAAUAGGUUGCCUUGAUCAUCGCGGUAGCCACAAAUGUCUUGCCCGUUUGCUAAGAUUUUUCUCUUCUCAAGGUGAGGAGUAUACAAUCAGCCUUGAUGAAUAUGUAGAGAACAUGAAGCCAGAUCAGAAGGAAAUAUUUUAUAUUGUUUACGACAGUGUAGUAGUUGCCAUGAACACUCCCUUCUUGGAAAAGCUAAUUGAGAAAGACCUUGAAGACUUGAAGUCCUCUUCUUAGUUGAUCAUGUUGAUGAACUUGUAAUCCAGCAGCUCAAGUCCUAUAAGGAAAAAGAGUUUGUUGAUAUUAGGAAAGAGGAUCUUGAUCUAGGUUAGAUAUCCAAAUUCAUCAAUUUAUGCUUAGAAUUUACUUAAGUUACAAUAUUACGUAGUACUUGUUGGGAACUUAGGAAUUUAAAAAUUUUCUGUAGUGAGAGAUUUGUUAAGUCAAUAUCCUGAGCUAUAUAUAUA